AUGGGGUUUGCGGGUCCGGACUCCCGGGACCCGCUGACCUUCGCCGACGUGGCCGUGAGCUUCACCGGGGAGGAGUGGCGGCUCCUGGCCCCCGCCCAGAAGGCCCUGUACCGGGAGGUGAUGCAGGAGACCUACAGCCACCUGGUGUCCCUGGGUGAAGGCAGUGCCCCCCUGUCGCUCAAGAGGUCCUGCCAGUGGCCUCUCCACGCUCAGCUUCUGAAAGCCUUGGAGUGUCUGUGGUGCUCCGAGGUGGUGGAGUCUCAGCCUUCCCUCUGGCCCCCAAGGAGUAAGAAUUUGUUGUUCUUUUCUUUCAUAGAUGUCUCAAAAUUUGAUGAUCAUUUGUCAGAGCACUUACAAAAAGAGAGCAUGGAGAAUGUUCCAAAACUAUGGCACAAACACAGCACAUUUGAAAAUUCUGUUCAUCAGAGCAGAAAUCACUUUGUGUUAAGGGAAAGUCAUGCCCUGUUUGACUUACAUAAAAGACAUAUGACAUCAAACUUGACUUCAGCUGAGCAGAGCAAAGGCUGUGAGAAAAAAAUUGCUGCUGGGUUUAUUGAAGCUGGGGAGUCCUUUCUCCAUGCUAAUCAUGAACAGGGUCAACCUGAAGUUAACCUCUCCAAAUGCCAAAAACUUGUCAGCACUAAAUCACAAGUCUUCAAGCAACAGAAAACUCAAAAAAUAAGGAAGUCACAUAUUUGUAGGGAAUGUGGGAAAGCCUUCAUGAAGAAGUCUUUGCUCAGUGAUCACCACAAUCUUCAUACAGGGGAGAAACCCCAUCGAUGCAGUGUGUGUGGGAAAGCCUUCUCCAGAAAGGUUGUACUCACUGAGCACCAGAGGACACAUACCGGGGCAAAACCUUAUGAAUGUACAGACUGUGGAAAAGUUAAGAAAUCACUGCUCAGUAUACAUCAGAAAACACAUACAGGAGAGAAACCAUUUAUAUGCAGUGAAUGUGGAAAAAGCUUCAUUCAGAAGGGAAAUCUCAUGGUACAUAUACGAGUACAUACAGGGGAGAAACCUUACAUUUGCAGUGAAUGUGGAAAAGGCUUCAGCCAGAAGACAUGCCUCACAGUACAUCAGAGACUUCACACAGGAAGGACUCCUUUUGUGUGCAAUGUUUGUGGGAAAUCCUGUUCCCAGAAGACAGGUCUCAUUAAACAUCAAAGAAUCCACACAGGAGAGAAACCCUAUGAAUGUAAGAAGUGUGGGAAAACCUUUAUCGAGAAGUCACAACUCGUUGUGCACAGAAUCCACACAGGAGAGAGACCGUAUAGAUGCAAUAAAUGUGGAAAAUCAUUCAGAAGUAAGUCAGUUCUCAAUGAACAUCAGAGAACUCAUUCAGUCAAGGUAGAGAUUCCUUCCUCUGAGAGACACGGCCCAUCCCAGGCCAGUUUUGUCAUGCAGGAAAAGAGCAUAGUUAAUUCAGUGGCUCUGCCAGUGUCUUUUUUAGCCCCUCAGAUAUCACUAAAUAUCCCAGGUCUCCUGAUGGAGAGGAAUGUGGUCCUAGUGGGACAGCCUGUGAUCAGAGGUGCACCCAUAGGAGACAACAGUGGAUUUGCACAGAACGGAAACCUUACGAAUGCAGUGAAUGUGGUCCUGCCUCCAGUCGUCAAUUGCAUCUUAUAUUUUGUCACAGAAAACCAAUAGGUAGAUCUCAGAAGUACCCUACAUGGAAGUGGGUAAGCCCAAUUUUCUAGUUCAUUAAUGCUGUCAAGUAUAUAUUGAUAAAUUCUAUAAACCGUGAAGUCUAAACACAUACACAUGAAUUGCUUUAUUGUGUUACAAAUGAGGGAAGCAUAGUUUAUCAAUAGAGGAAUUCAGUCAGAAAUUUUAAAGCAUGUUAGGUAAUAUGUACCAGAAAUAUGGCUGUGAAUGAAAAGCCCUGAAUAGGCUAAUAGUGGUAUGAUGUAGGAAUUGUAUGUGUCGAUUCUGUCUCACCAGCCCCAAGUGAAUGAUUUACCUCAGAACUGGGUGUUUAUAUUAAGUAUAUAUUGGUUGAUAUUAUACCGAGGGAUUUAUGGAACCACAGUCUUACACUGUUGCCACUUCCUCAUUUAUUGAGGAUCAUCAAAUACUUUCUGUGGAUAUGGCUGUGUUCCCAAGCUGAGGAUACAGUGCGAGCAAAACCGAAGAAUCCCAGGGUCUCCUGGAGGCAGCACUGAGGUGGUGGAUUAAGUGGGUCUUUAUAUUAAUCUUUCCAGAGCAUGUAAGUGUGGUAAACUGGCUCUAAACUUCAGGGGCGAUGCCAGUUUACUGUUGAACUAGCAUUUGAUCUUGAUCAUUCUCAAUGGGACUCAACAUUACUAAACAUGACAAGUUAUGUUUUAAUGCCCAUUUUUGUUUCCACAAGUACAUGAGAAAUUUCCUGAUGAGUGGUUUUAAAUUUUAGUAUUUAAAGACUGAAAGCUGGUAAAGCCACGUGAGUGGCUGCAGACGAGGAUCACACAGUUACUGGGCUAGACAGUGCGACACGGAGAGAGAUGUCGUUUCCAAAGUGUGGAGAGCUGGGGCGGAGGAAGAGGUGGUUUCCAUUUCUCAGGACAGAGGGUAAUGUCCUAUGUAGAUGUGGCCGCCCUGCGGCUCCAGCAGAGAUCGCCCUUCACCUGUUCGCAGGCCUCCGCCCUCCUGAGGUGACACAGGUGCUCAGUUAAGAGCAGGUCUGACAUCACUCAGCUCCUGAGCCACCUCUUGCCCUGCCAACCCAGGCUAUGUCUUGAGUAAGGCACUUAACUCUGAGUUUUACUUGGCUUUGUCUUUAAUGUCCAGCUCGCAGGCCUGUCGUGAGCAGCGGGUCUUGAAUGACACUGUGUGAAUCAGUCAGAGUCACCUGGCUCAAAACACCACUGAGGGCACAGAGUGGCCCAGCUGGCUUUUCCUCGGCCUCUUGCCUCACGUGAUGCGCUGGUUUAUUGUGCGUCCUUCUAGUGCUUCUCAUGGAAAUUCAUGCAAGGAGGCGGUAGUUUUGCCCUUCUCUCUUCUAAAGGCGUUUCUUGCAGCUCUGUAAGAGUUUGUGAAUGUCGAGGAGCGCUGAGCAGCACUGGGCGCUGAGCAGCACUGGGUGCUGGGCAGGGAAGGCUCCUCCUGCCUGCACCUCACACCUGGGAUUAAACUGGAUUCCUCUUCCAGCCUGAGCCCUGUCCAAUGCCAGCCCGGGGAGGCCGCAUCCAUUUGAGGGAGUCAAGUCGGGAUCAUGGUGGCCCAGAAAGACAGAUGACUAAGCGUUGGGCAGAGACGCGCACUCUUCCCUGUGCAGUGCCUUCUGGACAGCCUUUCCUUAGCAGCUCCUAGUUAACAGUGGUGUGGAAAUCGGGACUGGCCUGGAAGGUGGCCCCAACGCGUGCGGAGGAAGGAUGGUGGAGAGUCCAAAAGGACAGUUGUCCUUCCGGGUGCAAAUGGCUAAAUGGCUGGUAGCAGAUGUGGCACACGGCCAUGGGGAUGGGCACGAGUCAGACCUGAGGGGAGGCGGGGAGUCACGAAGAUGGGCGCACUGGCUUAGUGUUUGCUUACGACAGCCUGAAAAGCUUCCGCAGUAGCCUCACUGCGCACCUGCUUUGGGGUUUUAUGGAAUGGAUAACGUAAGUUGUUUGUGUGUGGGAAAAGGAGGGAGUUGGGCACCAGCCUUGUGGCAGAGGCUGAGGGAUGCCACAGUCAGUAGUAGUUGGGGUAAAUGAACCUGGUCCUGGGGUGGAGCGGAGAGGAGGUGUUGAAGAGUCAUCUUUGGUCCAUUUUGCAGGAAUCGGUGGCUCUGUGAUGAUGACUUGUGGGUGGGCUUGGGUGGACCCUGUCAGCUUUUCACAUCAACUUCG